CAAAGAAGCGGGGGCAUAUAUAAAAACAAGUAGUUGGUUAUAAUCGCAGACGAAUCCAAAUUACAACGCAUUUGAAAGCGUAUGAACCUGCGUAGACUUUCGUCGAGAAUGGCCGACGAAAUGAGCAGGUCCGCCCAACGAGAAACCUCCGCUGCUUCUUCUACUGCUGCUGUUGCUGCAGAAAAUGCAAAAUUAAAAUCAAAAUCCAUCUGGCCUUCUGUCCUCCGUUGGAUCCCCACCUCCACCGAUAAGAUCAUUGCCGCCGAGAAGCGCCUCCUCUCUCUUGUCAAGACCCCUUACGUUCAAGAAGGGGUGAAUAUAGGAUCUGGACCGCCUGGAUCCAAAGUGAGGUGGUUUCGAUCUGAAAGCAAUGAAGAAAGGUGUAUCAACACGGUUUCAUUUGACAGCAAAGAGGGUUCUCCUACUCUUGUGAUGAUUCACGGAUAUGGUGCUUCUCAAGGUUUCUUCUUUAGAAAUUUUGAUGCCCUUGCCAGUCGGUUCAGGGUCAUUGCCAUUGAUCAACUUGGUUGGGGCGGUUCAAGCAGGCCUGAUUUUACAUGCAAAAGCACUGAAGAAACUGAGGCAUGGUUCAUUGAUUCUUUUGAAGAAUGGCGAAAAGCCAAGAACCUCAGCAACUUUAUAUUACUUGGGCAUUCAUUUGGUGGGUACGUUGCAUCUAAGUAUGCUCUGAAGCAUCCCGAGCACGUUCAGCAUUUGAUUUUAGUGGGGCCUGCUGGGUUUUCAUCCGAGUCAGACACAAAAUAUCAGUGGGUUACCCAGUUCAAAGCAACAUGGAAAGGAGCAAUUUUCAACCAUUUGUGGGAGUCUAAUUUUACUCCUCAGAAAUUAGUCAGAGGGUUAGGGCCUUUGGGUCCAAAUCUUGUUCGGAGUUACACCAGUACUAGAUUCGGUUCUUAUUCAACAGGGACCACACUUACUGAAGAGGAAUCCGGACUGUUAACAGAUUAUGUAUACCAUACUUUAGCAGCCAAAGCUAGUGGGGAGCUGUGCUUGAAGUAUAUAUUUUCUUUUGGAGCGUUUGCUAGGAGUCCCCUUAUUCACAGUGCACAAGAGUGGAAAGUGCCAACUACUUUCAUUUAUGGCUAUCUAGACUGGAUGAACUACCAAGGGGCUCAAGAAGCUGGCAAGCAUAUGAAGGUUCCGUGUGAGAUAAUUAGGGUUCCUGAGGCUGGGCACUUUGUAUUCAUAGACCAACCGGAUCGUUUCCAUUCAGCUGUUUUGUAUGCUUGCCGAAGAUUUCUUUCUCCUGAAACUGACGUUGAAUCGUUACCUGAAGGUUUGACAUCCGCCUGAAAAGAGUAUUUAGUAGUUCUCGCCUUUUCUUUGUACAAAGUAAAGAGUCCCCGGUAGUCAGUAGGAGUCCUGGAAAUUUCCCAGAUUAAAUCUUUCCAUUCUUUCAAGUGCAUUUGUGAUAUUCGUGUAUGCAUAAAUACCUACAGGUAGUGUAAGUAUGCACAUUACCAACGGCAGAGUUACUUUUACACUAUUCUUUACACAUUCUGUCAGUAGUACGUUAUGGUUGAUAUGCAAAUAUUUAAGCUUUCAUUAUGGUAGACAAA